AGUGUGUUCAACGGAGCUUUCCGCAGCAAGACCCACCCAGGGCAGACUUGCACGGAUAGAUUUCAUACACAUCAUUACGAUUUAAUACCUAACAAAAAUUGUAAUAUUUACCUUACGUUAAAAUAAACAAAAUACAUAAAUACAGUCCGCUGAAAGUUAUUUUCCUCUCCGGAACAAUCGUUGUUGAAUAACUUUUAAUAUAAUUCGUACUUAGCGUUAUUCACCGCUAGCGUUGUUAUUAAAUUAUUAUAGGUCCCUAAAAACAUGUUCAAACAUAUUAUUGUGUUAGUUUUAUGUUUUAUGGCUUAUUUUGUUGGAAAUUUAGAUGCAACAAUAGAUGAAAAUAUAGCUGAAUUCAAUAAAUUAGCCUACUGCUAUAAGCAAAUGUUUGAAGAAGGACUUAUAAAAGAUAAAACCGGGCGUAUAGUUAUCUUUGAAGACAUAUUAAUCAAUUUGUAUGGUACUUGCCGAGUCAAAUUCGAAUAUGAAAACCAAAAACCUGUAAUACAAUCAUCCGAAAAUAAUGAAACGUUUAAAUUGAGAAGUAUGUACAAUGAUUUCAAAAUGGUAUUCAUAGAUGAAUUCGUUCAGAUUCCGGACCAAGAGUUCUUACAAAAAGUGGAAACAAAGAUUGCAGAUUACAAAAAAAAUGGACAUAAUGAAAAUGAUCUAAUGGUGCCGUUUGUUAAUCAUUAUAAUGCUAACAGUAAUCAAGAAAUCUAUACUUCAGUGUCAGCAUAUUGUCUUGAUUACAUGACCAAAUUAAGUAAUACAAAUAAUUGAUAUUUCAUUACAAUUUUAAUUACAAUAAUGUUCGUUUUGCCAAUGUUGUUAUAUUAAUAUGGCUUUACACUUCGUAUUUAAUAGAUAAAUAUUAUUUACAUUUGUUAACAUAGUUUGGUUGUGCACAAUAUAUAUUGUUUAAAGCAUUGAUACAAUUUGACAAUAAUACAUCUAUAUAUAAUUUUGUUAGUCGUUACAUUAACACAUAUUAUUAAUUAAUUCAAUGAAGCUUAUUUCAAUACAUAUACAUAUAUAUAUAUUACUAAUUAUUAUUAUUUUUUGUGUUAGUUCUAUGUUAUUUUAGUUAUUUCUUAAUACAAUAAUAAAUGAAGUAAAAUCUCUCUUUUUUUUUUGUUAAUAAAAUGAUAAAUGUUCUUAUAAUUAUUGUUAAUAGGUAUACACUCAUUUCACUCAUAAUAUAGUGUGAUUAAUUAUAUAAAAUAUAGUUAGUAUUUUAUUAUAUAUUGUUGACUUAAGGUCAAUUCCUUAUGCUAACUUACUAAUAUUUUUUUUGUUAAUUAAAAGUAUUUUAUCGAUAGUUAUGAAAA